AUGGCCGAAGUCAGCACGCCAACAUACCGCAUCCGCUACGCGACCGCAGGCGACGUGCCCUCGAUCCUCGCGCUCAUCAACGAACUCGCAGACUACGAGCACGCCUUGGACUCAGUGCACGCAACAGUGGAAUCGCUCACGAACACGCUCAGCUUCCCGGACGCCAACAGCCCCACAGGCUUCACGCCCGGCUACGCGAAGACGCUCUUACUCACGCUCGGUUCGACGGCGUCCUCGGAAGAUGUGGCCGGGAUGGCGCUGUUCUUCCACAACUACAGCACCUGGAACGCAGCCCCGGGGAUCUACCUGGAGGACCUGUUCGUGCGGCCUGCGCACCGCGGUGCGGGCUUCGGCACGGCCCUGAUCCAGGCGCUUGCGCGCGAGUGUGUACGGCUGGGCUGCCAAAGGCUGGAGUGGGCGGUGCUGAAGUGGAAUGAGCCCAGUAUUAAGUUCUAUCAGGGCCCUAGUGUCGGCGCGACUAGGAUGGAGGAGUGGGUUGGCAUGAGGGUCGAUGGUGAGCGGCUGGGGGCGUUGGCGGCGGGGAAGGGGGUUUGA